AGCUCAUCAGUGAAGACCAAGACAAUGCACGACGGACCUAGCAACUAAGGAUAAAUAACAGGGGCUUUGAUCAUUUGGUCCUGUAGAGAAAUCAAAAGAAAUUCUGUAUUAGUGAGAAGUGAGAAACAAAGAAAUGGCGGAUAAAGGAAGAAAAGAUGGAGGGAAGAUGAAGGGGGAAGAAGGAAGGAGAAGGAGAAGAGACAAAUGGAGCGAGGUGGAGGAGCAAGCGGAGGAUGUAAGGAAAGAACGAAAGAAGAAGGAGAAACAGAUAGAGGAAUUGAAAGAAGCAAUCAAGAAUUUGAGGGCACAAGAACACAAGUUGAGGGAUAAAGUACAGCGGUUGAAGGACGAAGAGGAUAGGAAAUUAGGACGCAUGGUAAGGAAAUUGUUCCCGAAUUGGAUCACAAAACUGAUGCAAGGGAGAUAAGGUCAUUGAUUUCCUUGUGUCAUUUCUGAAACAAAAACUGCUUUUCUUUGUGACAUGUGGUAGUCUGUGUCAUGGGUCAGUUCCUAAUCAGCUCGGAAAAGCGCAAAGAAAAUGAGAAGAAAAUGCCCAUGAAAUCCUUGCUUUCUGUAUGUUGGAACCGUUCCAGAUAACCAUGCCAACAAAGCUACUAUGUUGCUGUCCGGUUAAGUCUAUUUAUUUGUUAUUUGAAUUUAUUUUAAUUUGUUUGCAGUUUAAAUUAGUUUGCUACAUUUUGUUUUAAAAGUUUUUAAAUUUAUAGUAAUUUAUUUAAAUUUAUUUGUAAUCAAUAAUUAUUGAGGUA